AUGUUGCGAUCAGGUAUCGUUGGUACUUUCGCUGCGGCCAAGAAUGCACUGCCGCACCACAGACGACAAGCCUUGCAAGCAUCAAGGACAGCGCUCUCGCAGCCACGCAUAUCUUGUCAAGCUCGAGCCCUUUACAAAUCCUCUCGCCUCUCACGCGCAUCCGACCCCCCACGAACACCAUCCUCGAAAGAGGCAGCUUUCUCUUCGCCGCAAGACACGACUGCAAGCAGCAAGCCAGUCGAUGCCAGACCCUUCAAGAAGCAGUAUCCACCCGUCCGCCCACAACCCAAACCCAUCAACUUUGAUCAACCUGCCAUUCCAAACCCUCACGAGACGGCUGCAGCACAUGCCAGAUUUCGUCGUAACAGCCGCCGUGUUGGUGGCGCUGCCUUGCUAGCCAUCGUAGUGGGUGCAAUUGCGUAUCAGUUCAAGGACAAUAUCCAUCUCGAUAGUUCCCAAUUUCCUAUCAAAGGCUUGCAGCUGCCACACGAUGAGAUGGAACGACAGGUACGAGAGGCGCAGAAAUCGCAGGCAAACGGCGCCAAUUUUGCCCUGCUUGCCCUGACCCGCUCCACCACCAUCGCGAAAGCCGUCGCCCUCUGUGUUUGGGAUUAUCGCUCCACAUUGAGCAAGAAGUAUGACUCUCGUGCCGAAGAAGCCGAGGACCUCCGACAGUGCCAUUUGCGCUCCGCUCAUCGCAUCUUGACCGCUUUGCAGACAAACGGUGGUCUCUACGUCAAGCUCGGCCAGCACCUUUCGGCUAUCAUCUUGCUUCCCGUCGAAUGGACGUCGACGCUUCGUCCCCUUCAAGACCAAAAUACUCCCACCCCACUCCCCGAGCUCGAGGCCAUGUUCAGGACAGAGACCGGCAUGAGCUUCGACGAAGCUUUCAGCGAAAUCGACCCCAAACCCAUCGGUGUCGCCUCUCUGGCUCAGGUGCAUCGAGCCGUCGAUCGCAAAACGGGCCAGCAGCUCGCCAUCAAGAUGAUGCACCCCGACGUCGAGCGCUUCUCCGAGGUCGACAUGAAGACCGUCACCGUGCUCGUCAAAUGGGUCAAGCGUCUCUUGCCCGAAUUCAGCUUCGAGUGGCUCGCUGACGAGAUGAACGAAAACAUGCCCCUUGAGAUGGAUUUCCGCCACGAAGCACAGAAUGCGAAAAGAGCUCAGGAUGAUUUUGCCGGCUACCGUACCACUUCGGUCUAUAUCCCCGAGGUCAAGUACGUCUUCAAACGUGUUAUGGCCAUGGAGUUCAUCGAUGGUCGUCGACCCGACGAUCUGCGCUAUCUUUCCGAGCACAACAUCGACCGCAACCGCGUCAGCCAAGAGCUUUCCCGCGUCUUUUCUCAGAUGCUCUACCUCCACGGCUUCUUCCACGCAGAUCCUCACGGCGGCAACGUCCUGAUCCGACCAGCUCGGCCUGGCAGUCGGUCACGAUACAACUUCGAGGUCGUCCUUCUAGACCACGGCCUCUACUUUGACAUUGAUCCGGAUUUGCGCGCAAACUAUGCUAGGUUUUGGCUCUCGCUGCUCAAACGUGCCAGCCCUCAGGUCACGGCCGAGCGACGCAGGUAUGCCAAACUCAUUGCCAACAUUGAUGAUGAUUUGUACCCCAUCUUGGAAAGCGCCAUCACUGGCCGAGCGGGCUUAGAAGGAAGUGAUCCAGACAACCCUCGCGGCGUCAAGGACCGUUCUCGAGCUGGCAGUCUGUUGGAGAUGGAAGGCGGAAGCAAGUUCUCCGACGAUGAGCAGGAACACAUCCGCAAGACCGUCAUGGAAAAGGAGGGUCUCUUUGUCUCGAUCCUCGAGCUCCUCCGCCGCCUGCCACGACGAAUGCUCAUGGUUCUCAAACUCAACGACCUCACGCGCUCCCUCGACGCCAGCUUGCACACCACGCACGGCUCCACGCGACCUUUCCUCAUCGCUGCACGGCUCUGCGCUCUUGCCGUGUAUCGAGACGAUCUCAAGCAGCUCAGGGAAAAGCGCAACAGCGGCCGCGCAAGCCUGCUCACCUCGCUGUCGCUGUGGAAAGACUACUUCCGCGCGUGGUGGUCGUAUGUUUACUUCUACCGUGGACUCGCCUUGAUCGAGAUCGCAUCCGACAUCCGCGCAAGGUGGACAAAGAUUGUUCAAUUUGGAUCCAACAGAGUGGGCAAGGGAGGAAGUGCAGAAAAGGCCAAGAGCGCCGCGGCUGGGUUGCAGGAUCAAGCUGAAAAAGAUCAGCGCGAGGGUGAAGAUCGCAAGCGUGCACAGCUUGCUGUCGAGAAGGAUCGAUGA